UCAACUUGCAUCCCUAACUGGCUCUUUUCGUGGUGCGGACGCAAUCUGCAAACUCGUGGCGAAAUUUUGUAUUAAAUUUUCGUUGUCCAAUUGCAUAGCAAAACAAGAUGCCGGGCGUUGAAACAAUCAAAUCCAGUUGGGCCGAUGAGGUGGAGCUCGACUAUGGAGGCUUGCCACCAACAACCGAAACAAUUGAGAAUGGCCAUAAAUACGUGACCGAAUACAAAUACAAUAAGGACGAUAAGAAAACGAAAGUGGUGCGCACUUACAAAAUAUCCAAACAGGUCGUGCCGAAAACUGUCGCCAAGCGUCGCACCUGGACGAAAUUUGGUGAUUCGAAGAACGACAAACCCGGCCCCAAUUCUCAAACAACAAUGGUUUCUGAAGAGAUUAUAAUGCAGUUCCUCAACUCCAAGGAGGAUGAGAAGGCCAACGACCCGUUGCUCGACCCCACCAAGAACAUUGCGAAAUGUCGUAUUUGCAAUGGCGAGCAUUGGUCCGUCAACUGUCCCUACAAAGGCACCGCUAUGGACACCAAUCUCAUGGAGAAGAAGGCGGCAGCUGCUGCAUCGGCAGCCGUGGAUGCCCCCAAAUCUGGAAAGUACGUGCCACCAUUCCUAAAGGAUAGCCAAAAGGGCGGUAUGGGUAUGCGUGGACGCGACGAUACGGCCGCCAUUCGCAUUUCUAACUUAUCCGAGUCCAUGACCGAAGCGGAUCUCGAGGAGCUGGUCAAGAAGAUCGGUCCACAGAGCAAGAUGUACCUGGCCCGCGAUAAGAACACCGGCCUCUGCAAAGGUUUCGCCUAUGUUCACUUCAAACAGCGCAAGGAUGCGGCAGCGGCCAUCGAAAUCCUGAACGGUCACGGCUACGAUCACUUGAUCCUGAGUGUGGAGUGGUCAAAGCCACAGAACAACUAAAAGGGGGCAAGACGACGAUGUGUGCGUGUGUGCGACGUGUGUAUGUGUGUGAAAGGGCAAGGCUGCCGGGAAAGUUAAGCAGAAAUGUGAAGAAUACUGUAAUUUGCUUUUUUUUUAUUUUGAAUAACUACCACUUAUAGAGACCCUUGAGCAUACCGCAUGUGUUACAAAUAAAUAGUACAUGGUAUCUAAGCUAUAAGUUUGCUAAAAACACAAAACAAUAAACAAAAA